GCGGCAUUGCAGAUGAGAGGUGCGGGCAGCGUCCGGAGAAGAGGCAAAGAGAGAAGAAGAGCGGGAGAGAAUCCAGUCAGCGUGCACGCCAGCUGAGAAUCUUCAGGUUCACAACGAAGCCCGCCUGCCAAAUUUUCCACCCAAAGUGACCAGAUCCUGAGUUCCAGCCUCAUAGCUGGCAGAAGAGGCAAAAUCCAGCCAGCAACUCUUCUGGGUAGAGGCGAGAGACUGUUCUGGGGCCGGAUCCAAAUCCCAGCAAGGAUCGGGAAGCUGAGGUCCUAUCGGGGCCUCAGUUUCUACCAGGAACCAGACAUGACAUUUGCCUGGAAAAGUCUGACUGAGCCGUCCAGCCACCUUUGUCUGACCCAGCUCUUCCCGCCGCCUCACGAUGCCUCUGUCCCAAGAACUGAGGGCUUUCUGGCCCUGGGAUAUACCUUCUACCGGCUGCACCCGUCUCCAGGAUGAGAGCCAUUUUCCUCCCUACCCCAGAGGAUGCUUCUCAGGAACAGGGAUCGGUCCCCGGAGUCACACUCUGCCUUUUCUGCUCUUCAGAGUCAACAGCUGCUGGAGCUCGAGCCUUACCCCGGGUUCCCUUUCCCAGCACCUGCCCCUCCUCCCGAGUGCUGGUACCUCCUCCUCCUCGCACCUGCCCGAAGAUCUCAGGACAGAGGGCAAUGCCAGAAAGCUGGUGAAGGCUUUCUCCUCCUCCACCAUGGUCGACGGUGUUAAGUAUGAAGUGGCCUCCCAGCAUGAGAGGGACGCCUCCCCUUUGGCAGAUGAAGCCAGCCCCAGGUCGGAGCAGGUAAAACUGAAGAAGGAGAUCUCGCUGCUGAACGGCGUGUGCCUGAUUGUGGGGAACAUGAUUGGCUCGGGCAUCUUUGUCUCCCCCAAAGGCGUGCUCAUAUACAGUGCCUCCUUUGGCCUCUCCCUGGUCAUCUGGGCUGUUGGGGGCCUCUUCUCCGUCUUUGGGGCCCUUUGUUAUGCGGAAUUGGGCACCACCAUUAAGAAAUCUGGGGCCAGCUACGCCUACAUCCUCGAGGCCUUCGGAGAGCUCCUUGCCUUCAUCCGACUCUGGACCUCCCUCCUCAUCAUCGAGCCCACCAGCCAGGCCAUCAUUGCCAUCACCUUUGCCAACUACAUGGUGCAGCCCAUCUUCCCGAACUGCUUAGCCCCCUAUGCUGCUGGCCGCCUGCUGGCUGCUGCCUGCAUCUGUCUCUUAACCUUCAUUAACUGUGCCUAUGUCAAGUGGGGAACCCUGGUACAAGAUGUUUUCACCUACGCGAAAGUAUUGGCACUGAUCGCCGUCAUCAUCGCAGGCACUGUUAGACUUGGCCAGGGAGCCUCGACUCACUUUGAAAAUUCCUUUGAGGGUUCAUCAUUUUCAGCGGGCAACAUUGCUCUGGCACUGUACUCGGCUCUGUUCUCCUACUCGGGCUGGGAUACCCUCAAUUAUGUCACCGAAGAGAUCAAGAAUCCUGAGAGGAAUCUGCCCCUCUCCAUUGGCAUUUCCAUGCCCAUUGUCACCAUCAUCUACAUCUUAACCAAUGUGGCCUAUUACACCGUGCUCGACAUGAGAGAGAUCCUGGCCAGCGAUGCUGUUGCUGUGACAUUUGCAGACCAGAUUUUUGGAAUGUUCAACUGGACCAUUCCAGUGGCAGUUGCGUUAUCCUGCUUUGGUGGCCUCAAUGCCUCCAUUGUGGCUGCGUCUAGGCUUUUCUUUGUGGGCUCAAGAGAAGGCCAUCUCCCUGACACCAUCUGCAUGAUUCAUGUUAAGCGGUUCACACCAGUGCCGGCUCUGCUCUUCAAUGGUCUCAUGGCGCUGAUCUACUUGUGUGUGGAGGACAUCUUUCAGCUCAUUAACUACUACAGCUUCAGCUACUGGUUCUUCGUGGGGCUCUCUAUCGUGGGUCAGCUUUAUCUGCGCUGGAAGGAGCCUAACAGGCCUCGUCCUCUCAAGCUCAGCAUUUUCUUCCCCAUUGUCUUCUGCUUCUGCACCAUCUUCCUGGUGGCUGUUCCACUCUACAGCGAUACCAUCAACUCCCUCAUCGGCAUCGGCAUUGCCCUCUCAGGCUUGCCCUUUUACUUCUUCAUCAUCAGAGUGCCAGAGCACAAACGACCUCUUUGCCUCCGCAGGAUUGUGGCAUCUGCCACGUGGUAUGUCCAGGUCCUAUGUAUGUCAGUUGCUGCAGAGAUGGAUUUGGAAGAUGGAGGAGAGACGCCCAAGCAACAAGAUCCCAAAUCUAACUAAACACCACGAGAAAUCCUGAGAUGUGGGCAGCAGGGGCCUCAUCUCCUACUGGCUGGAGCCAAGGAAGCUGAAAAGCUCACUUCUUUGGAGGCGUCUGUCCAGAAGCCUCUUAGGCAGCUUCAACAACCUCUGAACUUGCUUUCUGAGAGAUGGAGAGUAAUUUAUUUGUUUUGCUACAUAUUGUUCUGUAUUUCUUUUAAAGGGACAAUAAAGCAGACUGUGAUGGGGAGCAUGCCAGGUGUGGGCCUGGAUGUUCCAUUGGCACAUUUCCACGUGUUAAGACAUCCACUCACCUCCAGUGUACCUGCCCACUCCUCUUUCCCACUGAAAGACCCAAUAAUGCUCCAAACUUCCCGUCUCCUUUAGAGAGACGUCAAACUGUCAAAGGUGCUAGACAAUAAAAGGGUAUGUUCCUGA